CUUGAAUUUUUUUUUUACCAUAAUGGGCAAGCCGUAAUCCGAUUUGCGAAAAGCAGCAAUAAGCAGCACAGCGUCUAGUCUUCCGGAAAUUCACACGAAGAAGAACAUUGGCUAAACUCCAUCGAAGAGUGGGUGUCUCGCUUUCUCUACUGUCUCUGGCUUUACUACCCUGCGACUCUUUCCUAUCGAGACAACAUAGAAAACAAGCCAUACAGCUAGCUGUUUAUCUUUUGAUAAAGAUGUCAACUACGACCGGCGGCGGAGAGUUUGGCAACCCCCUGCGGAAAUUUAAACUCGUAUUCUUAGGCGAGCAAAGUGUGGGGAAGACAUCACUUAUCACCAGGUUUAUGUAUGACAGCUUUGACAAUACCUAUCAGGCUACAAUUGGCAUAGACUUUUUAUCGAAAACGAUGUACCUGGAAGAUCGUACGGUCCGGCUUCAGCUCUGGGACACUGCUGGACAGGAGCGUUUCCGUAGCCUCAUUCCCAGCUACAUCCGCGACUCCACCAUUGCUGUGGUGGUUUAUGACAUCACCAAUCUCAAUUCAUUCCAGCAAACCUCAAAGUGGAUUGAUGACGUCAGAACAGAGAGAGGAAGUGAUGUUAUUAUCAUGCUUGUGGGAAACAAAACAGACUUGGCUGAUAAAAGACAGAUCACCACGGAAGAGGGCGAGCAGAGAGCUAAGGAACUGAAUGUCAUGUUCAUUGAAACCAGCGCAAAGACUGGCUACAAUGUCAAACAGCUGUUUCGCCGUGUUGCUGCAGCCCUACCUGGGAUGGAUAGCACACCAGAGAAGAGCAAAGAGGACAUGAUCGAUAUCAAACUGGAGAAGCCACCAGAGAUGGCAGUGACGGAGAGCAGCUGCUCCUGCUAGUAAACACCCACCCUCCUCUCCACCAACAGCUUGUCUCUCAGUGGCCACUCUCCCCACCCAUGGCUCACUGCCAUCGACCUGAGAACCUCGACCCCCCCUUCGACUCAGUGACUUUUCAGAGUAACUGUGUGGAUGUGCUAUUACUCUGUAUUUAACAGAUAUUAAACUAUAUUAAAGGUUAAAAGUCGAACACAGAAUUGUUUGAAAGCUGAAUAUGUUCAGCUUUUCAUCCAACUGCAUGGCAUUAUAUAGGAUUGCAGACUGACAUAGCUAAUUGCUCUCGGGUUAUUGCGUUGUUGUGAAGUGAUUAUUGUUUGAGAUUAUUUAAGUGACUAUUAAAGGGAUACGGUCUCAGUC